UUUUCUCAUUACACCUAAUGCUACUCAUUAUCCUAGACAUGGCACUGUAGUAGCUUAACAGCCCUCUGCUAAAACACACCAAAAAAUCUGGAUCUUCUUCUGAGAUGUCUCGGGCGUUGGAACUCUGUAUGCUUCUUGCUUUAUUCAACAACAUCUCUGCAUCUACAGAAGUCUGCACCAAUUCCCUUUUACCUGGAGCUAAAGGAGACCAGGGGGAGACUGGAGAGGAAGGAGAUCAGGGGAAACUGGGGAAGAAUGGACCACCAGGACUUCCAGGAGUACCAGGGGAGCCAGGACUUAAAGGAGAAAUGGGCCACACAGGAAAGAUGGGGCCCACUGGAGACAAAGGUGACAAAGGCCAUAAAGGUUUGGAUGGACCUGCUGGUCUAAAAGGGAAACCAGGCACAACUUGUGACUGUGGCAGGUACAGGAAGGUGGUUGAACAGCUGAAUGUCAAUAUCGCCAAGCUGAGGAACGCUCUCAAGUUUGUAAAGAAUGUUGUCUUGGGAUUGAGGGAGACAGAGGAGAUGUACUACCUCCUUGUGAAGGAGUCCAAGAGGUUCAGAGAGGCUGUGUUGAACUGCAAGCUAAGAGGAGGCAGUCUGGCCAUGCCGAAAACCAUCAACACCAACCGUCUCAUGGCAGACUACAUCAGUCAGGCAGGACUGACAAGGGUUUAUAUAGGAGUCCAGGUUCAAAAAGAAGAUGUGGAUGGAAUGAGAAGUUAUAUCUAUGCAGACUCCAGCCCUCUGAGUGGGUUUGCAGCUUGGAGCCAAGAGGAGAAUCCUACCACAAACUCCACCUGUGUGGAACUGCUCAGCUCUGGGACAUGGGGUCACGUGGAGUGCAAAUCCACCAUGUUUUUCAUCUGUGAAUUCACAAAGAGCAGGAGAAGAGGAGGUGGAAGAGGGACCCCUGCCACAGAAUCACAAUAAGUUAAAUAACUAAUUUGUUGUAAGUUAUCAGAUUAUUAGCUUGUUUGUGUAUGUUUGCUGAUAUUGUCAUUUAUAGGAAAAAAGUAUCAGUACUUUAAGAAGAGAGCAUUAACUUUAAGAUUCACUGCAAAACAAUGACAUGUGUGACAUGAUCUAUAAGGUGUCAAAGUCAAGUUCAGCUCCUAGGGACUAAAUACUAUCCUA